AUAACGCUCCGAUUGCUGGCUGCGAACGGCCAGUUUUAUAUGUAAUAUUUUCAACUGAACAAUGAGUGAAGACAACUAUAAUCCCGUGCUAACGCGUGUGAAUCGCCUGGAAUUGUUUACGUUUGAGGAAUGUGAAAAGAUAUUGAAAGCUGCCCUCGAGGAUCAACAGCAAAAGGGCAAACUUAAUGAAUUCAAAGUUGUGCCAGCCAUCGAACAUGUGGGCUUUCUAGGAGAAUAUUAUCAUCUGAUUCUUAGCUAUCAAUUGGCUAGUGAGUCAGAGCAGCGCUCAAUGCGUCUGUUUGUCAAAUCUGUGGUCUACGAGACUGCGAACAUGAGCUACUACGAGGAGAAGAAGUCGAUAAUACAAAAGGAGGCGAAACUAUACGAAUUGCUGUUGAAUGAUUUGAAGAAAUUCUCUGCUCAUGUUUGGUGUGCCAAAUGCUAUUUCACCCGAGAUGAUUUGUUUGUCAUGCAGAAUAUCGAAGAUUUGGGCUACAGAUCAUUGCCCUCGAGCACACGAUUCCUCAGCGAGGAGCAGUUGUUGCCCAUGCUCAAGGCUUUGGCUACGUUGCAUGCGAGCAGCGUGGCCUAUGAGAAACGCCAUCGGCUGACCAUUGGCGUAGCAUUCAGGAAGUGGCUGCUGGAGAAGUCUAUUGAUCCCGACAUUGCGUGGUGGACCACAGGCAUAAAGGCCGUGCUGGGUAUGGCCGCAGCGCAUCCGCUAGUUGUCAAUAAUGCGGCUGCCCAGGAGUAUGUGGCCAAUGAGCUGCCGCGCUGCCUGGAUCGUGUCUACUAUAUGGUGAAUCCAUCGCCUGUGCAUCGCAAUGUCUUUCUGCAUCGCGAUGUCUGGGGCGGCAAUGUGUUCUAUCCUCAGGAAGAGUCGAAGAAGUUAGGCUGUGUCCUGGUGGACUUUCAGCUCUGUCGCUAUGCACCACCAGCUGUGGAUCUGCUGAUGGCCUGCUAUCUGAACUUGGAGCCACUGCACCGUAAGCAAAUAAUGGAUAAUCUAACGACCUGUUAUUACUCGCACUUGAUUGAUGAACUGACCGCCAUGGGCAUCGAUGCCGGGCGUGAGCACCUGGACCAUGCAGCCUUUGCGCGAUCCUUGAAGGACUUUGCUCUCUUUGGUGCCACCUACAAUUGCAUAGCUGCCACCAUACUGCGCCUGCCCGACAACUAUCUGAAGCAGCUGAAGGACGAGCAGCCCAUGGAGUUCCAUCGAUUCUGCAAUAUAGAUCGCACCGCAGCCCUAGUGAGCUUGAUGAGUCAACAUGAGGAUUUUCGUAGCUAUAUGAAUGCUUGCAUCGAAGACUUAUUGGAACUAACCUACUAUACCUCCAACUGAAAUGGUUCAGUCUUAUCUGCUACGUGUACACAAUGCUCGCAU